CCCCCCCCAGCCCGUCCCCGGGGCGGCGGGGCAGGCUCGGUCGCUGCGGGCUCUCGGCCAUGGGGAAGGUGCAGCUGUUCGAGAUCCGCCUGGGCGAGAGCCGCGUCGUGUUCGGCCCCGGGGAGCCGCUGGCUGGCACCGUGUGCCUGAGGCUGUCGGGAGCGCUGCAGUACCGAGCCAUCAAGGUGAGCUGCAUUGGAUCCUGCGGGGUGUCGAACAAGAUCAAUGAUACAGCGUGGACUGUGGAGGAGCAGUACUUUAACAGCACACUGUCUCUGGCAGACAAAGGGGUCCUGACAGCUGGAGAACACAACUUCCCCUUCCAGUUCCUGCUGCCAGCCUCUGCUCCUACAUCCUUCGAAGGCCCUUUUGGCAAGGUCCUCCAUCAGGUGAAAGCUGUGAUAGACACGCCUCGCUUCUCCAAGGACUACAAGUGCAACAAGAUCUUCUACGUUCUCUGCCCUCUCAAUUUGAAUGACAUCCCUGACAUCGAGCAGCCCAACACGAUGUCAGUCACCAAGAAGUUCAACUACAAGCUUGUGAAAAGUGGCAACAUUAUCUUGACAGCCACCUCUGAUCUGAAAGGGUACAUUGUGGGGCAAGCAAUCCAGCUCCGCACGGACAUAGAGAACAAAUCGGGCCGGGACACUGGGGCUGUGGUAGCCAGUCUGCUCCAGAAAGUGGCUUAUAAAUCCAAGCGCUGGAUUUACGACCUGAGGACCAUUGCAGAGGUGGAAGGCUCAGGUGUGAAAGCCUGGAAACAUGCCGAAUGGAAGGAGCAAAUCCUCGUUCCAGCCCUGCCCCAGUCCAUUCUGCAGGGCUGUAGCCUCAUACAUAUCGACUACUACAUCCAAGUUUCCCUCAAGUCUCCAGAGGUUUCAGUCACUCUCCCCAUCUAUAUCGGUAACAUUGCUGUGAACAGGGUGCCCCUGAGUCCUUCCCGGUCCAUCCAGCACAUUCCCUCUGCAGUGGUGCCCAGUGCCCCUCCGGAGGAAGAGGAAGCUGCCAGCGGUUAUCACCCGAUGGACAAUAUCUCGAUCCCCACCAAAAGCCAUUCCCAGCAACAGCCGUUUAGCUACGCCCCAGGACUGAGCUUCCAGGAGAUAAGGGUGGACUCGGAGCAGACGGGCUCCCCAAACCAUCCCACACUCUGCCUGUCGACGGGAGCCACGGUCCCUUACUAUGCCGAGGGGAAUGUGGUGCCUGUCCCCACGGCCAGCUCUCUCAUUUUGCCUCCGGAGUACAGCACGUGGGGCUACCCGUACGAGGCGCCUCCAUCCUAUGAGCAGAGCUGCAGCAGUGCCAACUCCAGCAUCAGCAAUGGCAACUAGCCUCCCCUGCUUCGAGUCCCGCUGGCGCUGCCCGCCCCCGGGCACCACGGUUUGCCUGUCUUCUGCAAAGUCUGGUACAGCACAAGGCGUCUUUGUAUCUCUCUGGCUGCUCAGUGGGGUAAAUGGCACAUCCCAGCCUGGGCUUUUUAAGUCUCUUUCUAGGCAGGGGUUAAAAACCAAAAAGGGCAGCCAGAGCAGCCUUGAGUGUGUGUAGGAGAGAUCUGGGAAACUGAACCCUCUCCUGCUGCGGCACCAAGUGCUGGAGAACUGGUUUUGCCCCAGGGAUGCCCUCUGCAGCAGCCUGUGUUUAAAGUACUGUAGUCAACACUAACUGCUUUACUAUCAAAGCACCUGCGAUGCCUUAUCUGAAAUGCUCCUGACUUGGCACGUCUCCACUGUAGGCAAAGGCUGGGCUGUGUGGACUUUACCUUCUUUUUUAGGGGCCAUGUGCUCUCCAGAAAUGGUUUUGACAGCCCUUCGUCCUUGUCCUCAUAGGUCCUAUGGGUAGCUGGAACAGGAGGUUUCUUGGAGUAAGCAGGUUCGGAAGGGCAGGGACUUAAAAAGCCAAAAGCACAAGCUCUUGCUAUGCCUGUGGUGUGGGGUGAGUGACCGGCAGCCUUUGGUGUCCUCACAGUGGGCUGCACCACUGGCUGUAUGCGGUGAGAGGAAAGCAGGCUCUGGCAGCAGGGAGCUCGCUGGGACACUUGCUGAGAACCCAAAGGGCGCUGGUGAGCUUGGAGGGAGAGCCCUGUGUUACCUGGCGUGUCCACCAACUGCUUCUGCCUUUUAUCAUCAAGGGCAGCUUUUCCCUGUGAAGCCCCAUAGGUGAUGCUCCAUCCUUGCUCGCUGCUGGACCGCAGCACCUGGGAUGAACAGCACUGGUCACUGCAGGCAGGGGAACCAGGUGACCUGUGUCCCGUCUCCCAGCCCUGCAGGGUGCUCUCUCCAUCCCAGCUGCCUUUGGCAGGCCAGAAUUCCAUGACAAUCAAGUUAAAAAAGUCUGUGCGAUGCUACCUCUGAGUCUGCCCAAGGACCCUGUCCGAGUAAGCCCUUCCUUUUGGGAUAACCCUCCCACGAGGCUCAGCCUGGCGUCUCACAGGAGCGGUUAACACUGCCAAGCCAGUGCGUAAGGACGUUUGGCCUGGGGACUCUGUUCUUUCUGCGAGCUGGUGCUGCUUUACUGCUCGUCUGCUGGGGACUCUGUUCUUUCUGCGAGCCGGUGCUGCUUUACCGCUCAUCUGCUGAGCCACAGCAGGGUGCGAAAACGAGGGAGUGGGAACCCAAACUGCUGCGCCUCGUUUGCCACCUCCGCUGGACCUUGGCAGGUCAGGGGAAGAAGCUGGGGGGAUGUAAAAUAACAUUUUUCUUCUGCGCUUUCCCCCUGCCUUGUUUAACUGUUUUAUUAUUGACUGCCCAAGCUGAGGAAACCACAUACCAGAUACUUAGUGCUGCAGGCAUCCAGCCACGGCUGAAAUUAUGGACUGCAGACCUUAGGCACCUCUGGGAAUCGGUCUCGCUGCCUCACGCUGGGCGGGCAGUCACUGACAGAUCUGUUAGGAGCAGUGUGGCCUCUGCCUCCACGGUUUUGCCCGCCUCUGCACGCCCCUGGCCGGCAGCCGGGGACGAGCCCUGCUUUGCACUCUUUCUUUGCAAAUGCUUUUUAUUUUCUUUUAUUUGUUUUUUUAAGUGUUGGAACUGCUUUAAGGGUAGAGUAGAAAGGGUGCCGUUCUGAGCAGUGCUGGCACAACGUGCACCAGUGGCGAUAGGAUGAUUGUCAUUGUCUCUGAAAAAGAAAUAUAUAUAUAUAUAUGAGAUGAAGUUCUGUUUUUAAUGAUUGAAUUCAUUAAUACAAAUUUUAAUGCUGUAUUUAAUAAAUUAUUCUAAGAGAAAUGCUGUGCUUUCUCAUCCAUUUCUGAUGCUUAUCCAUGUGCCUUUCCAUGCCAAACCCAGGAAUGCACCUUGCUGAGUUCUUAAAAAUUAAGGAGGUUUUUGGCUCUCGCUGUGAAGGUGACUUUCUGCCAGGGCAGCUUGAUGGUGGUGGUGCCAGGCUCGUGGUUCUGGGUGGCUCCAGAAAGUGGUGCUGCUGCUCUGGCCCUGUGUCUCAAAGCCACGGUUUGGUCUCCAGCAGUGCCUCCUGCUGUUGGACACCAGGACAGAAAGGAGGAGGUGGGAAGGAAGGGGAGAACGGACUUUCCCUUUAAGAGGAUGGAGAUGGAACAGCCAAGGUCUGGCUGGAAAGGCUGGAGGCCACCACCUCUCCUAAAGAGCCAUUUGGAAGAAACACAAAAAUGGACGCCGGCUCAUUCCCACACUCAUGGGGUAGUGAUACCAUGGCUGGAGAACACUGAGGUUGCUGAGGUGUUGUCACUGCAAGUAGCCUGAGGUGUGAUCUGUCUCGGGCACAGGAUCCUUCACCAUCAACCUAGACUUCUGCCCAGCUUUUAUCAUGUAGGAUGCUCCCUGUUGCCUGGUGGUCUGUGCCUGCUGUGAAAAGCAUUGGUGAUUUCAGGUACCAAAGGCAGGUGCUUGUUCCGAAGAGUACAUCUCUUCCCCGGUACUCUUCCAGUCACCUGGACCUGCUCUGCCUGCGUCAGCCCAUAGCUCCUGUGGCCUCCUGUGCUGUUGGCAGUGUGUAUCCCACCUUCAGGCCUCAACCCAACUCCCUUCCACACCUCUGGAGAAAUUCCUAGGAGCUCUUAAGGCUGGUUUAAUAGGCUGCUGGUGUUGGCCUGACAGGUGGACUUCAUGAUCAUCUUGGUCUUUUCCAACCUCACUGAUUCUAUGAUUCUGAAUAUGCUGGGUUGGGCUUUGAGCUCCCGACUCAACCAUGCUCUGGUUGCUUUCCUCCAGCCCUGAAGCUGAGCUGCUGGUGAUGUGUUCAGCCUAUGUUCCUUGGGUAGAAAUGCUGCUUGGUUACUAUGUCCAGAGCCACUGGGAUGUCCUUCCAGACCCCCAGCCAGUGUCUGUCCUCCUUGUUCAACCUCUACAGUGGGACUGCACCAUUCAUGGUGAAGCUGUGGAGAGCAGAGGCCAGCAGUGCCUCACACAGCUCCUGUGUUGUGCCAUGUCCCUGCGGCACUCCUGGGUCCCUGAGCAUCCUCACCCAAGUUAUAUUUGCUACAAACUGGUCCUUCAGCACCUCUUGCUGUAUGCUUGGUCCUUUCCAAAGCAAGGAGCAAGUGGGCACCCUCUUCACUGGUGAGGAAGGUCCAUCUCUGCCGACUGCUGUGGAGGGAGCAGGAAGGAGUCAGAGCUGGAUCUCAUAGUGGUCCUUGUUUUUUGGAUGCCAGUGCCGGGCACACACAGCUCCUGCAGGGAAGCUGCUCAAGGACCAUCGACACAACUCUGGCCGGGAUGCAGCAGGGCUUGCCCUGAAGUUUGGCUCUGAGCAGCCUCACUAUUGUGCAACCAGACAGAAAUAACCAGCAAGGUGCAGUGGUUUCAACGUUUAUGCCCAGCCGUGCCUGAACCCCAGCGCUGCGGCAGCGGAUUGAAGCCUGAUGCAAAGAGCAGUGUUUGUGUUUCAUGGACCCCUUGGAAAUGAUCCCGGGCUGCAGGAUUCAGGAAUUAGUCCAGCUCUUCUCAAACCUACCUGCAUUAGUGGCCCCAGGGUGCUAUGGUAGCAGGGUCCUUGGGGUACAAGAGUGCUUCAAUAGGGCUAAACCAGUGUUUGGGUGUGAGGAUAAUCCGCUCUGGAGAGGGCAAGUGGACAAGCCUUCUGCCCCACUGCUCUCUCUUUUCUCUGUAGCCUUUCUAGCCUCAACCUGUAAGUCCUUGGGAGCUCAUGUAUGUCCCAGGUCAUCCCUCUCUCCUCUUUUUGAGCUCUGUCUCCUGGGCUGUAUAAGAAGUGUGACCAGAAGGGUGAGGGAGGGGAUUCUGCCCCUCUAUUCUGCUCAUGUAAGCCCUCAGCUGGAGCCGUGUGUUCUGUUCUGGAGUCUUUGACAUAAGAAGAAUUUGGAACUGUUGGAGUGAGUCCAGAGGAGGCCACGAAGAUGAUCCGAGGGUUGGAGCACUUCCCAUAUGAAAGAGAAGAGAAGGCUGCGGGGGAAACCUUAAAGCAGCUUCCAGUACUGAAAGGGGAUCCAGGAAAGCUGGGGAGGGGCUCUGGAUCAGGGAGUGCAGGGACAGGAUGAGGAGGAAUGUUUAUCAGCUGCAAGAGGGGAGAUGGAGAUGAGAUCUUAGGAAGAAAUGUUUUGCUGUGAGGGUGGGGAGGCCCUGGCCCAGGUUGCCCAGAGCAGUGGUGGCUGCCCCAUCCCUGGAGGUGUUCAAGGCCAGGCUGGAUGGGGCUUGGAGCAACCGGAUCCAGUGGGAGAUGUCCCUGCCCAUGGCAGGCCAUGGAACUGGAUGGGCUUUGAGGUCCCUUCCAACCCAAACCAUUCGGAAUGGAAUAAAGAGAAAAAAGCCGAACCCAACUCUGGGUGAAGAACUUAAGCACACAGGAAUUAAUUUGAGUUCCUGCCUCAAAUUUUUCACACAAUUGUUUUUGGUUCAGUUUGAAAUGGGGUGGGGAGGCGGUGGGGCACGAGUCAAGUUUGUGAGCUGAUUGUUUCCAAACUCAGCAUUCAAUGGAAAAUACCAAAAUUAUCAUCUGUCCUUUUGUUUUGUUCUACUGCUUCUUUUUCGUCCUCCACGGCUUUGUUCUCAUCCUGCUCUCCACAUCUGCCACUUCCAUGGUUUUGGCUCUUUCAGUGUUGUCUCUGCUUUGGCCUCUGUUGUCCCACUUGUAGGAGACCAGGAAAGGGAAGACAGGGAGGCGAAGGCUCCUCCUUUAGGGUGAUUCCUUCUUACCUUUCCACUGAACUUUCAGUUGUUUUGUAAAAGUAAAUGUUUUCUGCCAGGAAGUUUUCCUUUUAAGCCAGCACAAGAGAGGAGAUAAAGGUCCUCUGGGGUCUGUUUGGGUUUUAUUCUGUAUUUUAACAUAUUUCCAACUAUCUACAACAGGAAUGUCCCAUCCCUGUUCCCGAAGAGAAACUGGGGAGCUGUAAAACCCUCAAAGUUUGUGCCCUUUCUCAUACCAAUGGCUGUAAUUCUCAAUUCCUCUGGUUGUCUUUACAGAUUUGGGAGUUUUAUACAAUUUUUGUGAUGGCUUUGUACAGCCUAAGACUUCUGCAUGAUUUGUUACUGGGUUUUAAAAGCUCGACUAGCAGUUUUACAUGUUUACCACGGCUUCUGGGAAUAUUU